AUGGCAAACAAAAUGUCCUUGGCGGCGUACAAUGCCAUUUUGGAUUCCAACUUGGUUGCAAAAUUUGCUUAUGAAGAUUUUCUGGGUAUCAACAAUCUAUUUAAAAAUUUUGAUUGUACAAAUAUCACUGGAGAUACAUUUUUGGAUAUAGGAAAAAUGAAAACUAAGUCCAACAUUCAAAGUUUAGAAGCAUAUUGCAAACAGCCCAUAAAUCAAAAUUUGCCAUAUGUUUUAUUCAACUUUUAUGCUCAAACCACAGAAAAAUCAAUAUCUGAAAAUGACGAUGAAGAAGAUACAAGUAAUUUAUACUAUAAGAGCGAUGACAACGAAAGCCGAAAUUCGUUGGUUAUAGGGAUUGAAGAACCAACAAAAGAAAAGCUUACAAAACAAAAAACAAGGUGGACUGAGUUUUAUUAA